AAACCCUGACCUCGCGCCGCCUCCCUUCCGGUCGCCGUCCCGUCGUCCCGUUGCCGGCCCCCCUUUCCCCCCGCCGUCCGGUUGCCGUCUCGCUUCCUUCCCCUGUCGUCCGGGCCGGGUCCAGCGCCUGCACCGCCUCCGUUCGGCGCAUCCCUCGCCGACCGCCUGCCUGGUGCCUCCUCGACUCCCUGCUCUGUGGCGGGUGGGUAGGCGGGCGGGAUGUUCGUCCUGAGUCAGAUUGAGCACGAGCUGCCGAUGCCGCCGCACCUGCUGAGCCGGCCCCUGGUGGACGCCAUCAAGGCCGAGCUCGAGAGGCUCUUCCUGGACAAGGUCAUCGCGAAUCUCGGCCUGUGUGUGUCUGUCUACGAUAUCCGAUCCGUUGAAGGCGGGUCCAUCCAUCCAGGAGAUGGCUGCUCGACCUAUAAAGUUUCCUUUCGUUUGUUGUUGUUCAAGCCCUUCAAUGGGGAGGUUCUUGUUGGGAAGAUCAGUGGAUAUGACGAUAAGGGGUUGCAAGUUUCGCUUGAUUUUUUCAGUGACAUAUGCAUUCCUGGACACUUGAUGCAGUAUGGCACAGUGAGGGGACCAGAUGGUCGGUGGAUGCUGAAGACUGAAGAUGGUGAUGAGCUUUAUCUAGAUCUAGACGAUGAGAUAAGAUUCUUGGUAUCUAGCACAAAAUACCCGCCUAUCCCAGUGGAGCAAAAGGAGGACGACCCGCCAUUUGCUCCAAUGCAGAUUGUUGGAAGUAUAAAAGGAGAUGGUCUGGGUCUUCUUGCUUGGUGGGCAGAAGAUGAAGAGGGGAAGGAGGUGGCAGAGCAAUAGCAGCAUGCUGCUUUAGGGAACUCUUUGUGUAGUUUACAAAUUUAGCUUACUAGCAUGUUAAGAAAUUGUAUCUAGCAACAGUAACAUGAUAUUUUAGGAUCCAACCCGAUUUACAUGUUUUAUGUUUUUCAAGUUAUUUGUGUUAAAUCUGCUCUAGCACUGUAAGUAUUCCCUGCUGUUACUGCUGCUGCCACCUACAGCCGUCAAUUUCAAGUAUAACUACCAAAGAAAAGUAGGUCAGAUUCUUA